AUGUUUGAUCGAAUUACUCAGGUUGACAUUGAAGUAGAAAAUCAUUAUAAAAUGUUGGAGUUUUUGAAAGAUUAUAAAAACGGGAUUGAAUUGGAAUUUGUGUUUUUGAAAUCAAUAAUUAGUCAUUUUUUUGGUACAAAAAUUAAAAGAGAUUUCGACAAUUUGGAAAUUUUAAUCAUGCAAUCUAUAUUAAAAAAGAGUCAAUAUCGUGAAGGUGUGGUCAUUGACACGAAACCAAAAGGAAUGGAAGGAGCUUUAGUCAAUGCAGGACUUAAAAAGAACGUGCUUAUUGAUCAACAAAUCAAUCCUGGAGUACGAGUAACAUUAGAUAUGGGAGAUUAUACAGUUGUUAAAAAUGAAUCUAAAUAUAUUAAAGCCAAAGUAGUAUCACCAAAAACUCCAAGUGAAAAUGGAAUAUACUGGGGAUAUCAAAUUCGAUUGGCAAAUUCAAUAUCAAAAGUAUUUACUGAAUCACCAUAUCCUGAUGGUUAUGAUAUUUCAAUAGGAACUUCUGAACGUGGCAAAAUAGUAGAUGAAGUGAUUAAUGAAUUACCAGAAUUUAAACAUUUGUUGAUUGUUUUUGGUGGUUUAUCCGGAUUGGAAAUGGUGAUAGAUAAAGAUAAAGAUCUUGAAUGUGCUGGUGAAGAAGCAGAUGCUUUAUUUGAUUUAUGGAUUAAUACAUGCCCAAAUCAAGGAAGUCGUACUAUACGUACUGAGGUACUUUAA